AUGCCCACCUUCGACGAGCGCAGCCUGGUGCCGCCGGCGCCCCUUGUGGUCCCGGAGGCGACGGCGCCGGUGGACGUGUCUUCUGGCGACUCCCGCAAGGAGGAAGAAGAAGAGGAAGAUAAGGAGCGCGCCUCGGAAGCAACCCCCGAGGGGAUGGGGGAGACCUCCCCCCUGAGCAAGGCCGACAUCUUCCGCACCCUUCCUGACGACAACGGGGCCGACGUCCCCCAGGAGAAGGGGGAGACGCCCGUGGUCCCGACAAGGGGCAGAUCGGCGCUAAUCUCCCGAGACGCUGCUUCUGCUCCAACGCCGCCUGGAGCCGCUUCUGGCCCAUCUGCUGUUCCUUCUUCUCCUCCUGGAGCCCGUGCGCCCGCGCCCCAGGCUGCGAGGCUUUCGGGCUUCAAGCUUAGCAAGAGGAGGGUGGACUACGCCGCGGUGGACCAUCCGACGCCUGCGGCGAAGAAGAGGAAGGAGGAGGAGGUGGUGCUGCUCGGAACCAACUUGCCUGCUCCGGCUGUGUGUCCCUCCGUGGAGAAGGGCAGCGUUGGUGCUCAUGUCUCUCCGGCUCGGUUGUCCUCGCGAGGCCUGGGGGAGAAUCCUCAGGAGGAGUCAGCUCCCGUGUCCCCGCUGGCUCCGGAGGCACCAGUGUCCGGCUCGGCUGCUGAGGUCUCCAAGGCUCAGGAGCCCCCAGUAUCCCAAGCCAUGGUGACGUUGUCGCCUCUUCCUCCUCCUGCUGCACUGCUGGCUCCGGGUCCUUCUGCCUCCCCUAACGUCUUGGAGCACGCCCUUUCUGAGAUGACCCGGCUCCGAGAAGAUCUUCAGGGCACCGACCCCCGCCUGGUGGCUGGGCGCCUGGAGCUAGUCUCUGGCUGGCUCCAUUCUGACGUGUCCGUUCGGGCGGCACUGAGCCAGGCCACGGCGACCUCCGAGAAGGAGAAGCAGGCCACCGCCCAAGCAUCAGCUGCUCGCGAUGCGGCGCUGAAGGACGCCGAGGCUGCCCAGGGUCGCUACCGGGUGCUGGAGGCUGAGCUGAAUGUCCUGCGUGAUGAGCGUGCAGAAGAAGCUCGUGGUCGCAAGGCGGAGGAGGAGAAGAUGAUGGCCCGGGAGGAUGCCGUUAGGGGUCGUGACGCCGAGCUGGAGCAGUCGGCGAAGGCGCAAGCCACUGAGCAAGGCCGAUUGGAGGAGUUGGAGCGGAAAGUGAAGGCGGAGAAAGCCGAACUUGAUGCCAAGGCGAAGGUUCUGGCCGAGGACCGCGCGGCCUUAGCGCUCCUCGAGGACAGGUCUCGCGUGGCGCUGAAGAUCCGCGUCGCUAAAGCGCUGUGCGCCAAGGGUCUACUCAAACCUGGUGAUGACAUGCAGCACGGCGUUGUCCAUCGUGUUGCCGAGGAGCGACUCGGCCUCGACGGGUCGUGGCACUGA